AGAAAAUAAUUGUUGACUGGCGUGUUGACAAGUUGAUCUCUGCCAGUGUUUUUCACGGCUGUCGAGUUUGUUCAAACAUUAAUAGACAGCUCCCCGAUUAAGCUUGGACCCUUUGAAUAAUAGACUGAGCUUGGCUCAGUACACAGAUCUUUCAAUCUGAGAUGGAGUUAGAUGGCCCGUCAACUUUGACUCCUCUUACAGCGCGUGUAACUUAUAACCCCUUGUUAUCUGCCGAUUAAAUCCGGCGGGAGUUUUAGAGAUGGUAGCUUAGGAACCAAAAGCUGGUACAGGAGAAAACGUCCUCUAGAAAUUAAAUAAUGGAGCAGUCACGUCUUCCAAUGCGAGGAAAGACCAAAGACGCUGAAGCGGAAGCGUUGUUAAAACUCCUUCGACAAGAGCAAGAGUUUCAUAAUCAAGUCUCAAUACCUGAAAUACAAAGAAAACAGCCUUUACCGGCCAUCAGAAGUAAGGCUAGCGAUUCAAUAACCGAGGAACACGAAGGCUCAGGAGUUUUUAUCAGCCAAAUGCGGACCACUAAAGAUAGGGAUCAAGAAAUCCCUCUUAAUGUCGACUCUCAGUUUUUAUGGAACGCUAGAGGAAGCUUAAAUCGGAAUAACAAUGAUAGCCACUUUACGGUUGCAAGUCGGCCGGCUUACGAGUGGAAAAAGGAUUCCAGUAAUGUAAAUUAUAGUAAAUUCGAAAGACAAAGAAGACCAAGCAAAAAUUUACCUCCUCUUGGACCACAGCAAACCUCGCCACGCGAUCGAGGAGAAAGGCCUUCUAGACCGCCUCCUUCUUCACCGAAAUUUUGGGAAGACGAGAAGAACGAAGGGCGAUUCUAAACGUUUGUAGGAAUGAUCUAUCGCGAGCUUGAACUAGGAGUACACGAGCAAGAUUUGUCCGAUAAUAAGGGAUAUAAAGUGAUAAUAAGGGAUAGAAGGAUGGAUUAGACCGUCAUUAAAAAAGCCUUUGACGUUUAUACUUUCGCUAGUAGCUAUGGCAAAAUAGAAAAGGUAUUUAGAGUCCAUUCCAUGCAAUCUAUCUCAAAAAGGACCAAUUAAACCCCUUUUAGAUCUUAAAAUUGUGGUUUUAUCGUAGUUUUGUGUGGUUGGAACGAUGGACUGUUUAUUUGCUGUUGCGAUGAAAGUCACGAGCCAACAGUACUGUUGUUGACCCUUCAUGGACUCGCUCAAUUGUGGAUUUCCGCCGGUUCCUUAAGUCGAUUCUCAAUAAGAUAUAGAAACAAGAACACCUUUAAGGUAUGGACUUAAGGUACCAAGGUGUGAAUCAAUUUAUAUAAACCCACUUGGUUACAAUAUGGAGAAGAAUGUGCGUGGUUUCAUGAGCAAACGACAUCAGCAAGUUUUAUGGGGACUUGAUCAGGUUCCGAGAAAGAAAACUUUUGAAGAAUAAAAAAAAGAAGAAGAAGAAGAAGCAUAGAUGAUUGAUUUCUGCUGUGCUCUUUACAGUUUCGUCUGUUAGUUCAAAAACUCUCUUGUAGUAUUAAAACAAUUGAUACAAAGCCAGUUCAAGGAAAAGGGUCAGUUUUUCAGCUCGACUCAAAGUUUUGUGGAGAACGCGACAACUGAAUGACUACCGGCACGGUUUUGUGAUGGGAAAGCUGAGCAAUGUAUUUGCAAGGAUGGAAACUACACAAUCGAAGACUGCUAAAAUUAAAAUGAUUACUCAGAUGAUGACGAUGGGAAAGUAAAAAAGUUUCUAAAAAUCGCCUAAAGUUAUGGAACGGGGUUGCCAUGUUGACAAAUCAAAAAGGUUGUUUUCAAAGAGGUUUAGAUGUAGAAUGUGUGGUAUGUGGAAAAACCCUUUGGGCCAUACACAUCUUAUCCAAAAUGUCCAAAAGAUAAAUUUUCUAUUUAAAUUCUUCAAGGUUCUUCUACAAAGCCGUCGUAAUUUCACAAGGAAUUUAUGAAUUUUGUCACACAGUGAUGACUAUUUCUUAGUAUUAAACUUUUGAGUCUCUCAGUAAGAACGAAUUUGCAUACCCAACGAGGAGUCGUAUUUGCACAGGUCAUUCGAGUCAACAAACCAAAGCGUUUGCCUAAGUCCAGUUUUACUUUACCUAUUGAACAUAAGAUUAAUUCUGCAAAUAGGUUAACGAAUGAUUGAAUACCAAUUGUAAUUUCAGUAGAGUACGACUUAUUAUCAAAUCUCUCUCCUUCAAAACAGACCGACUGGAGAAUAGUGGCAACGUGACGAAAGUUUGUAAACUUUGUAGUCAAGGAAAACAAACAAAGAUUUAAAAAAUUAUAUAGAAAAAUGYAUUUAAAUUAGUUUCUUUUACUGAAAUUUAUAGACUUGGAAUAAUAAUAAACUUUAUAUAGCGUA